UGCAUUAGGCAGUAUAACAGUAUAUAUGUGAAUGUUAAAACAGCUCCACCUCACUACAAACCCCCUCCGUUAGUCUGACUGAAUCUUCUGUCUCACCUGUGCAGCGGUCAGAGCUCCUCAGCAGCCAAUCAGAAGGCGGAGCGCAGCAGGGCGCGGCUCUGACUGGAGAAGGUGUGAGCGCAAUGAUUUCUGGGAAGAUCGACAAUGUCGCUGCAUCUCAACAUGCACAAGACACAGCGGGACAGGAGCUAAGGUACAGGGAUUGGUUUCUUCUAAGGAUUUCGGGUUCUUUCCUCUAUUUGCCGCUACAGGAUGAUGAAUUUCUGGGAAGUACUUCCUCGAUCUAAGGUCAUGUAUUUGACUCUGGUGUAUGAUUCAGCUUUGUGAUCUGUUUCCUUUUAUUAAGAUAACCAAGCUUUGGGUGAAAAACUGGCAGUGUAGCAACAAUGAUGUGUGUGAGAAGCAAAUAGAUGCCAGUCUGUUGUGAUGGAUUAGCUCCUUUGAUAUUUCUUUACACAAACACAUAUCAAUGCAGUGGAAUCCCAGAAAACCGCUGCAUCUUGGUAAAAUGAAGCGUAUGAUAGAGAGAUAUUGUUGCUCUCUUUACUGCACAUGCCCUGUUUUAUCUUGUUGCAGGGAGGCUCAGGGCUGCUUCCAGCUGCGCCUCAGGGCAAAGAGCUCUCAUUAAUUGCUGUUGCACAACACAAACAUUGUAUUUACUGCCUUAUUGCACUCAAAGGUGGUUUAGAUGUGUUGUAUCUCCCUGGUGAGCCUCACUCACAUUUGUGAAACCUAACUGCAGCUUGUUGCAACUCAGCCUGUAGAAGAGGCGAGGAUUACCGUGUGUGUGUUUGGACAUGCAUGUGUCUCAGUGAGAAUGCAUGUGGUUGCUUAAUUGUUGUUCAUGUAACUCUGACAGGCUACACAUUAACCAGCUGUGUGCGUCUAGCCGUCAUAAUGCAAGAUGCGCCUCCUGUUUGCUUAGUGUACCCCCUGCAGUUAUUAUGCAUCUGAUGCAAGACAAAAAAGUCCUUAAGUGUUUUUUUUUCUGUCCUCUUCAGAUCCGCUUCUUGCUGCUGUUCAGUCGGCAGGGGAAGGUACGUCUGCAGAAAUGGUUCACACCGCUGACAGACCGGGAGAAGAAGAAGGUGAUCCGGGACAUGAUUAUGCUAGUUUUGCCUCGCCCGCCGCGUUCCAGCAACUUUCUGCAGUGGAGGGACCUCAAGAUCGUUUACAAGAGGUAUGCCAGCUUGUAUUUCUGUGCUGGUCUGGAGCAACGCGAUAACGAGCUGCUGGCCCUGGAAGUGCUGCACAGAUACGUUGAAUUGCUGGAUAAAUACUUCGGCAAUGUGUGUGAGCUGGACAUCAUUUUCAACUUUGAGAAGGCCUACUUCAUCCUAGAUGAGUUCCUGAUGGGAGGAGAAGUCUUAGAAACUUCUAAAUUUGCUGUGGGUGCGACUAUGGAGGAGGCUGACACACUGCAAGAGACGAUGGAAGAAUAUAUGAGCAAACCUGCCUACUGAACUGGGAGAAGACGAGGAUGGUUCACAUUUCAAGACUUGAAGCAAAAGGUUCAUUACUCAGAAAUAUUUUUACAAACAAAUGUGACUAAUAAUGACUCAUUUGGCACAAAGAUGUGGUCAUACAGUAACCACAAUCCUGGUUAAGUUUGAAGAAUUGCAACUGUGUUUGCAUCUGUGAGUGCCUUUUAAGUCUAUUUAUUAACCUCAGAGCUGCAUGAUGGUGGUGCGACUGUAAAGAGCCCUUUUCUAAUGUUAUCAAAGCGCAUUUUUAGCAUAUUUUUGUAACCCCAGUGCAUUGUGAGACUUGGCUUGUGCAUUGUGUGAUGAUGAGUAAAUUGAGAAACACUACACAGUAAGGAAAAAAUAAAGUCAAUGCUUUAUUUAUCUCAGGUAUGUCACAUAUGGCCACAUUUAAGAAAGAAUUACCAAAAAACACAAGUGAAUCUAAGGGAUCCAACACUGAUUUGGAUUGUGUGUGUGUACGCGUUGAAAUGUACAGCUGGUGAGACACUGGGUGUAAAGUGUUUUUGAGCAAUCAACUCAUAUAUAAAAAACACAAAUAACAUCAAAUGAAUGCCCCAACACUCUUUUCUGCUAAUAAACUUUUGUAAA